UGUUCGGUUCUGUGUGGGUCCAGAUGGCAGAGCAGGGCAGCGGUCCGGUGGUUCGGACGGUUCUGCAGCAGUGUCUGCGGGCCAGGCUGCAGGUGAAACCGGCUGAGGAGAACCAGGAGGCUCAGUUCGUUCAGAUCGACAGAGGGAUGGUGGUCUACAUCUGCUUCUUCAAGGGAGCCACAGAACACAUCCUGCCUAAACUGG